CCUCUCUUAAUUUCCUGAAUCGAAAAAAAAUCUUAGACCCAAGUGAGCAACCAUGCAAGAGACCGAGAAUUCAGCUCUGGAAAAACACGUCGCAGCCUUAGCGUUCCCAUUCGGCAGCCAUGCAGCCCCACUCCUGAGCCUCGUCAAUAGAAUUGCGACUGCAGCCCCGCAGGUGAAGUUCUCCUUCUUUAACACGCCUAUAUGCAACCGUUCCAUCUUCUCCGAUCCCACCAGCCAGGCGAAUAACAUAAAGCCCUACGACGUGCCCGACGGCACGCCGGAGGGCUAUGUGGCUACCAAGGACCCGAGCGAGGCAAUUGGGCUGUUUCUGAAGGCCGCGCUGGGGAGCUUUAGGAGCGUCAUCGAAGUGGCGGUGGCGGAGACGGGGAGGAAGAUCAGCUGCGUAAUGAGCGACGCAUUUUUAAGUUUUGCUGGGAAGAUGGCUGAGGAAAUGGAUGUUCCUUGGGUCCCGCUUUGGACGGCCGGACCUCGCUCCCUUCUCACCCACGUUGACACUGAGGUCAUCCGGCAAAGACUAGGAACUAACGUGUGUGGAGACCAAACCCUUGAUUUCAUUCCAGGAUUUUCCGCAAUACGUGUAGCCGAUUUGCCUGAGGGAGUGGUGUUAGGAAACUUGGACUCGCCCUUUUCAAAAAUGUUAUACAAUAUGGGAUUAAUGUUGCCGCAAGCCACUGCAGUUGCCAUAAACUCCUAUGAAGAGAUAGACCCUGUGGCGGUGAAUGAGCUUAAGUCGAGGUUUCAGAAUUUCCUCAACGUUGGUCCCUUCCCCUUAACAUGCCCACCACGAUUCAGUGCUGCUGAUGAGUAUGGCUGCCUAGAGUGGCUGGACAAGCAUCAGGCGGCAUCUGUGGCGUACAUUAGCUUUGGAAGUAUGAUGACACCGCCGCCGCAUGAGCUAGCAGCAUUGGCAGAAGCACUAGAAGCAACUGGGUUUCCAUUUCUUUGGUCAUUUAGAGGUCAUGCAAAGGAAAACUUGCCCAAGGGGUUUCUAGAAAGGACGAGUAAAAACGGAAAACUUGUUCCAUGGGCUCCCCAAAUGCAUGUCUUGCGACAUCCUUCAGUUGGAGUGUUUGUGACGCAUUGUGGAUGGAACUCGGUUUUGGAAACUAUCGUAGCCGGUGUGCCAAUGAUUUGCAGGCCAAUUAUUGGAGACCAGAAGCUGAACGCGAAGACCGUAGUGGUAGAAUGGGGAAUGGGUGUGGGGAUUGAGGGUGAGGUUUUCACUAAAGACGCAGUAGUGAAGGCCCUGGUGUUGACUUUGUCGAGUGAACAAGGGAAGAGAAUGAGAGGGAAAGCUGAAGCCCUCAGAGAGCUUGCCAUGAAAGCUGUUGUUGUACCUAAUGGCAGCUCUAAUGAAAGUUUCACGACCCUGGUUCAGAUAGUCGCCAAGUAAACUAUUUCUCAUAUUGCCUAGCUAGAUCGAGAAUAAAUAAGGAUUUACUACCCUAUGGACAACCACCUAAAGAGAGGAGAAAAAAGAAGAUCAAACUUUUAAUUAGUGAACAAUAACAUGC